UGUACCGCAUGUGGUCGAAGAAGUUCUCCGGACCCCCAACCCCCACCACCGCCACCCGACUGCGGUAUGCCUGGUAAUGUGCGUGGUGCAUCGGUUAGCGUGACGUCAACUCUGCUUGGCGGAAUCGCCACUUACACGUGUAACCUUGGUUACGGUUACACAGGUGGUGACCUCACACGCACGUGUCAGUCCUCGGCUCAAUGGAGCGGAACCGAACCAGUUUGCGUUUAUAUGAAUUCGUGCAACAGCUUCCCUUGUAAGAAUGGCGGCACAUGUACAAACAAGCCCGAGAGUUAUAUGUGUUCUUGUCCUGAUAUCUGGAAAGGAACCAAUUGCGAGCAAGAAGCUAACGUUUGCGCACGCAACCCCUGUGUCAACUAUGUUCGAUGCGAAGAUGGUGGUACAAUCUACACGUGCGUCUGCAAACCCGGAUGGAGUGGCCAAACGUGUAAUACACCAAUAGAUUGUGGUGAUCCGGGUUUAAUUGUCAAUGGUAUCGUGACGGCUCCGGAAACAACCCUGGGAAAUGUAGCUACAUAUUCAUGUAAUGAUGGUUAUAAUGCAACGAUUGGGAACAAGGAGCGGAUCUGUAAUACUGAUGGAAAAUGGAGUGGUCAACCUCUUGUUUGCAAAUAUGCUAGCAGCUGUAGUAGUUCACCGUGUAUGAAUAAGGCAUCGUGCACAAAUCUAAUUGAAAACUUCGAAUGCACAUGUGUUCUUGGAUGGGCGGGAAAAACCUGCAAUGAAGAUAAACAACCACCAAUUGCUUCGAACUGUUCUAAUAAUAUUCGGGUGAACGCGACAGAAAGGUCUCAAUUUGUCUAUUGGACUGAACCAACAUUCUUUGAUCCUAUGGGUUCAGAGUUACAUCUCGUCUCCAACUAUGAGACACCUAGCCACACUUUCCCUUGGGGCGAUUUCACGAUCCAUUACUCUGCCACCAAAAUAAAGAACGCCUUAAGAACUGAGUGUGCAUUUAAUAUCACAGUGAGACCAACACCAUGCGAUUUGCUGCCUGUACCAAAGCACGGAACUAUUCUCUGCAAUGACUGGAGUUCAGAUUAUGGUCAGUUUUGCGUGCUAGCCUGCCAGAGAACGUUCGCACCAAGUCUUCCGGGGAGAUUGGGCACAUGGGUGAUCUGCGGAGAUGACGGAAAAUGGUCCUCUCAACCAUCUGAUUGCUCUUUGCACUUGACAAAUGAGACUAAUAUGUUGCUGUAUCACCCCAACUAUGCUGAGUUUAUGUACGAGCGAAUUAAUGACUAUCCACGAUUCAGGGACAUCUAUCUGAAUCAUAUGAUGAAACAUGAGGAUAUUUCCCAAUUCUGCAAAAUAUAUCCUGGCUGCGAAGGAAGUUCAUCGGUACGGGUGUACAGUGACAGUUGAACACACCUGGGUUUUUUCCGCCGUUCAAGCACAGACAGUUAACAUGACGUCUUAUGUAACCGUCAUGAUAGUAUUAUUGUUGUUCUUAUGAUAAAAAACCGGUUACACUUUUUAGUAAUGGUUAACCGGAAACUGUUUAAAUCAUGAUUGAUAUUCUUUGUCGAAAUUUUGACCAGUUUUUCGCUCUAUCAGAUUUCAUUUUGUUAUAAUUAAUUUACGUCAUCAACGACCAUAAACCUCUGAUGCAAGUUUUCAUGUACAAAGUGAAUUACUGAACUAAUUUUAUUACAAAACAACACUUAAAAAGUUAUAAAAAUGAUAAAUUGAAGUUUUUUUAUUAACUUGUUUUAGAGAACGACGCUUUGCUACGUA